CUGCGGGCAGCCACGACCCCUUGUGGAAGAGUAGCGGAGGGGUCGGAAGCGUCCCUGGUGAGGCCCCUGGACGCUCGGCACGUACGAGGUGGGACGCUGAAGGGAAGGCUCCAGACCCAGAGAACGGUGGGAUCCUUCCCCACGGAUUUCCUGCAGUGAACUCAAAACCGAGCGCCCCUCUUGCUGGACUGGUGUAUGUAGAAACUACCGUUCCCCGGUUUCUUACUUUGGUAUUUUCUCGGGUAACUAGUUGUCAGAAGUGGCAUUCUCUACUCAGCUGCUGGACGACCUUUGGGGGAAGGUUAAAUGGUCUGCUGUGUCUGAGGGCCGGGAAGGAUACACCGCAUCCUCAGCUGUUGGAAGGAAACCUGUCUUGGGUUGUGCAGAUGGCUCGUGGUGCUUGAAAUUUGUCUACGCGAGUUGUCUCCUUGGGAAUCUCCGUAGAGUCGGAAGUCUUUUGGUUAUUUGCAUUCUCCCUCUGAGUAGGAGAUGAAUGCAUCCAGGAGAAAGGGCCUGUGGUUCCGACUGAGGAAGAUUCUUCUCUGUGUUCUGGGGUUGUAUGUUGCCAUUCCAUUUCUCAUCAAACUAUGUCCUGGAAUACAGGCCAAACUUAUUUUCUUGAAUUUUGUGAGGGUUCCCUAUUUCAUUGACUUGAAAAAACCGCAGGAUCAAGGUUUGAAUCAUACGUGUAAUUACUACCUCCAGCCAGAGGAAGACGUGACCAUUGGAGUCUGGCACACUGUCCCUGCCGUCUGGUGGAAGGACGCCCAAGGAAAGGACCAGAUGUGGUAUGAGGAUGCCUUGGCUACCAGCCACCCUAUCAUCCUGUACCUGCACGGAAAUGCAGGCACCAGAGGAGGUGACCACCGAGUGGAGCUUUACAAGGUGCUGAGUUCCCUUGGUUACCACGUGGUCACCUUUGACUACAGAGGGUGGGGAGACUCAGUAGGAACGCCAUCAGAGCGAGGCAUGACGUAUGACGCACUCCAUGUUUUUGACUGGAUCAAAGCAAGAAGUGGAGACAACCCUGUAUAUAUUUGGGGUCAUUCCCUAGGCACUGGAGUGGCAACAAACCUGGUGCGGCGCCUGUGUGAGCGAGAGACGCCUCCCGAUGCUCUUAUAUUGGAAUCUCCAUUCACUAAUAUCCGUGAAGAAGCUAAGAGCCAUCCGUUCUCAGUGAUAUAUCGAUACUUCCCUGGGUUUGACUGGUUUUUCCUCGACCCCAUUACAAGCAGUGGAAUUAAAUUUGCUAAUGAUGAAAAUGUGAAGCACAUCUCCUGCUCCCUGCUCAUCCUGCAUGCUGAGGACGACCCAGUUGUGCCCUUCCAGCUUGGCAGAAAGCUCUACAACAUCGCUGCUCCAUCUCGAAGCUUCCGAGACUUCAAAGUUCAGUUUAUUCCCUUUCACUCAGACCUCGGCUACAGGCACAAGUAUAUCUACAAGAGCCCUGAGCUCCCGCGGAUACUGAGGGAAUUCCUGGGGAAGUCAGAACCUGGGCGCCAGCACUGAGUCUUGCUGCCUAAAGGAGCAUGAAGACCUCUGCCCUCCUCUCCUUCGCUCUGGCAGCCUGGCACUCUGGAGCCCAGGGGGUGCCAGCAUCUUCGAUGCCCCUGGAGAGAGGACUCGGAUGCCAGCUGGGGCAGGCAGAGGAGGCCCCGGCAGACCUGAGGCACCUGCCCCAGAUGGCUGGGAGCACGGAUCCUUGUGGAAAACACAGAUUACAGGCAUGUGAUCCCCUCUCCCUCUUGUUGCCACUUAACCUGAGCUCUUGUUGGGAAGACAGUGACAGAGCAGGCCAGCCUCCAGCUGGUUGAUCCCACACUUCCUGAGCUGGGCCUGGGGAGCCAAGUGCAGGAAGCAUGGGGUAUUGGGACCACGCUGAGCUUUCCAGCACCAUUGGUGAGAUUAUGGGGAGAUGGAUUCAUCUGUCCCUUCCUGGCACACACAGAAUGGACUCUAAUGGUUUGACUGGCCCCUCCCACCUGGAACACCCUGCUUGCCUACAUAGGCCAUCCCUCCCUCUUUGGGCGGGCCCCACCUCUCAGAGUGGGGGAGGUGCCCAUGACCUGCACUUCCUCUGCUUUCUGCCCACCUGUCUGCCUAACCUGGCCUUAGACUGAGCAUUUAUUUAAGAAUAAAAUCAUGGUGGUGGUCUGUU